GAUCUUGUACAGCGAGGUGCAAUAGAAAAAAACUAAAAAUGUUCAGCAUCUUUAACAGAGCGGCAUCUGCCCAAAUGAAGGCAUUCUCCCGCAAAGCGUCUACUCAAGCCGGCAGCGCUAGUAAUAUCUCAAAUAAGGGCGCCGCUAUCGCUGCCUCCAUUUCUGGUUUAAGCGCCGCAUUGUAUAGCUACCAAUUUGGCGUUUUCGACGAGGCUUUUGCAUCUGGUUUGGAAGAAGGUCUCCACGCUCCUCACUUCCCUUGGUCCCACAAUGGCUACUUAGACAGUUUUGAUCACAACUCCAUCAGAAGAGGUUACCAAGUUUACAGGGAAGUUUGCUCAUCCUGUCACAGUUUAGAUAGAAUCGCUUGGAGAAACUUGGUCGCAGUCUCACACACUUCAGAUGAAGCAAGAGCAAUGGCUGAGGAAGUCGAAUACACAGAUGGUCCAAACGACCAAGGAGAGUCAUUCCAAAGACCAGGUAAAUUGGCGGACUACAUGCCAGCUCCAUAUCCAAAUGAAGAAGCUUCAAGAGCUGCAAACGGUGGUGCUUUACCACCAGACCUUUCCUUAAUGGUUAAAGCAAGACACGGUGGUGCUGACUACAUCAUGGCUUUGUUAACAGGAUACCAAGAUCCACCUGCUGGUAUUUCAGUAGCUGAAGGUAUGAACUUCAACCCAUACUUCCCAGGUGGUCAAAUCGCUAUGGGUAGAGUUUUGUUUGAUGGUUUGGUUGAAUAUGAUGACGGUACACCAGCAACUACCACACAAAUGGCAAAGGAUGUUUCCACUUUCUUAAGCUGGGCUUCCGAACCGGAACACGAUGACAGAAAGAAGAUGGGUAUGCAAGCAGUCAUCGUCUUAUCAGCAAUGACAGCUAUUUCACUCUAUGUUAAGAGAUUGAAAUGGUCACCAAUCAAGACCAGAAAAUUGGUCUACAACCCACCAAAGUAGAGUGAUAAAAAAACGUAUAUAUGAAAUUUUUCUCAUUGUCUUUCAUCGAAAUUUAUAUUAAUUUGAUAAUCUAUAUAAAACAAUUUACUCAUUAGCAAAUUCUAACAAUAAGUUUUUGUCCUUGAGUAGCUGUG